CUUUAUCAUAAGGAUCCACCUUUGACCAAACGCUUCCCUCCAAACUUCCGGCUUUUUCCGCUCGCUGAACUGAAGCCUUAUCAGCCUUAGGUCUAGCUACCUUGACAACCUGCUUUCGUCUGAAAUUGAUGGUUAUACGAUUAAGAAAUAACAACACACUCCGAUUCUGGAUUAUAUGGACGCCCAGGCGCAUCAGGCUGUCGACGAGUCCCGUAAGAGAGUAAAGAUCGCAUGCGAAGGAUGUAGAAAGAAUAAACGGAAGUGCAAUGGCCAACUGCCAGCAUGUGCACUGUGCGAGAAGUCUGGGAAACAGUGUAUAUAUCCUCCAGAGACUUCAGUUAAGAAACGCAAAUACUGGGAUGAGGAAUAUGUCCACAGUCUUGAGGAUCAAAUUGCAACCCUAAAGACCUUACUGGCCGAGUCCAGCCGCAAAGAGGCUUAUGAGGCCAUCAGUAGUCAUGAGGAGAAUAGGCUCAGGGAUGUUUAUAGUACUAGUAUGUCCACAUCAGAUAUGGCUGCCUCCAAUGAUUCUGGUCACGGAAAACAAAUCCUCUUGGACGAGGCUGAAGAUCCCUCAACCCCUCCUAUCAUAGUCCACAGAUCGCAGACUGCGAUGGACGAACUCGGAUCACUGAUGCUGUCGAUGGGUAUUGAAGAUCGAGGAGAGCCGUCCUUCAUAAUCCCGAUGGGACGGAGUAUCCUCUCAGAGAAUAGCGAAGCUGUCAUAGCGGGGGUUAAAAAUCCAGUUAACUUUCCUGAGGUUAAAGAUCCCCUCCGAAAGUAUCUCAACGACGCAAACCUUCGCCAGCAUCUUUUGGAGUGCUUUAUGAAGUACUAUAACCCUUACCAUCAAUAUCUGGAUACCAAGAAGUCCGAAGACAUCGUACUUGGUGACCAGGUUACCCAAUCGAUAGAGCUGUGUUUUCGGAACUGUGCUCUAUUCGCCGUCGCCUGCCAUUUUUCUCCACUGCCCGACUCGCUGCGUAUAGCGAGUGAAUUCGCCAGCUACGCAGAGCAGCUUUCCUUGCACUGCCUUAGAUAUGUUCCGUGUGAAGCUGUGGUUCAGGGCUUGUCGCUCUUAGCUUGGCGCGAACUUGUGUUGGGUAAUGAUAGUAUGGGCUAUAAUCUGAACUCUAUGGCAACGGGACUCGCAUUGCAACUAGGGUUACAUAUAACUGCACGUGAUAAUCCAGCGCAACAGCUCGCAGGGCCUCGUUCAGGCGUAUUAUCGCGGAGGAUUCGGACUUUCUGGGCUUACUUCUCUGUUGAAAGGUUUGCGAACCAUACUCUAGGCAUGAACUGCACCAUGCCAUUUGGACGCGUCAAGCUUCCUGGUUUUAUAGCUAUAGUCGACGGCCAAGAAACUAUCGACGAAUUGUCCUUUUACAGGCAAGGCCAACUAUGGCACCUAUGGGAUUCUUUAAUGGAUCAAAUCUAUGCAUUCGGCUGGGACGAGCUCUCCGAUGCUGAGAAAAACAAAGUCCUGCUUCGCUCCCACGAGGGUCUGACAUCUUUCCGCAACAAGUUUGAAGACUGCCUUCAAAUCAGAAAGGAUCACAUGCCAGACAGCGUUGUAUAUCUUCAUCUUGCCUAUCACACUGCCCUCUUACUUGUCCAUCGGCCUUUCUUGUACUCGCCGCCAAAUAGUACAAUCCUCCGCUUCGCUUUGCGCUCUGUGACCAGUGCCGCUGCGUCAAUUUCGCGCAUUCUUCGUGCCUUUAAGAGGUCCAGAAUACAAGGUUUUAAGACGGUGUUACCACACAUCAUCAGCUAUAUAUCAAGCGCGGCGGUCAUUCAUCUUCUCAAUGCAACAUCGGGACAGACAGUUCUGGGACGCCAGGCCACGAGCGGCUUGAGAAUCUGUCUAGAUGCAUUGGUGGACAUGCGCAGUUCAUGGCAAGUCCGGGUUGAUAAAGUUAUACAGGUGUUACAAGAAUUGGCGCAUAAAUGGAAGGUUGCAUGGGCUCUGCCGCUGCCGCUGAGCUCUCCCUUACCUUUUUACAAGUCAGUUGUUAGGAGCGAUGGUGUCGUGGGUACUACUCAACUCCCAGGCACUACAAUUGCAGUGGACGAUAUGAGUGGAAAUGAGGCCCAAAUGGACUCGACUCUUGAUGCAAUUUAUGAGGUCGGGGCAGAUGUAGAAUGGGAUCCGUUGUAUAUGCAAAACGCGAUGGACCAAAUCAUAAUGCUAGAGAGCUUUCCAGACAUUCGCGGGCUGGAUUGGUUAUUCGGACAUGAAUAAUAUCUGGAUAUGACGGGGAGCAAUGGCCUCUGUACAUGUUUCAAAAGCCACUCGGAAUACGAUCUUAACGAAGAAAAUCCUGGUUUUAUAUAUAUGUAGUAUUGAGAGCCCAAAUAGCCAGAGUACAACUUGGCUUCCACGAU